AUGACGUCCAAAGAAGUGCAUUCGACGUCACGGUCAUUUUUAUAUCCGUCUUGCCAUGAACAAAAAGAACAAACCACCACUCAGUCACAAAUUCUAUACUCUCAUUCUCCCGUCGACAAUUUGGAAGUAAAUACUCUGAAAAUCAGCACAAACACUUCACUCUCCAUCGACAUCAGCCCUUCGGUGCCGAUAGCUACAGCUUACGCCCCUAUUGCAGCAGCCUUGUUCGCGUACAGAACCACACUUCCGGAUCAACCGGACAGCGACCAGAACAAUAUCCCAAGAACAAAAUCAAACACAGCCAUGCCGACAGCACUCAUCACCGGAGCCACCGGCAUGACCGGCCGCGCCAUAACGGACCACCUCCUAAGCCUGCCAGAGUGGACCAGCAUAACCACCCUCUCACGCUCUCAAAAAUCUCACUGCUCCGACCCCAAGGUCCACCACGCCACGCUGGACCUCCAAUCGUCCGCGGAGAGCAUGUCCUCGUCCCUCUCCGACAUCAAAGCAGAGUACGUCUUCUUCUGCGCGUACCUGGCACGCGACGACGAGUCCGAGGCGGCCAAAGUCAACGGCGCCAUGCUGCAGAACUUCAUCGACGCGCUGCGCCACACCGGUGCGAUCAAGCACCUCAAGCGCUUCGUCCUGGUCAACGGCCUGAAACAAUGGGGCGUGCACCUCGGCCGGCCGAAGCAGCCCAUGCACGAAUCGGACCCGCGGUUGGAGCCCAGCAACAACUCGCCGUGGCCCGAGAACUUCUACUACACGCAACAAGACAUCCUGGCCGAGGCUGCGCGCAAAGACGGGGGAAACUGGACGUGGGUGGUCACCUUUCCGCAGGACGUGAUUGGCGUGGCGAAAGCGAAUUUCAUGAACCUCGCCACUGCGCUGGGGCUGUAUGCCAGCGUGAUGGCGACGCUGCCGGCGCACGAGUUGCCCUUCCCGGGAUGCAAGGCGAACUACCUCGCGUUCAACUGCUGGACGUCUGCGAAACUGCACGCCGACUUCUGCACGUGGGCCGCGCUCGAGCCCAAGGCGGGCAAUCAAACCUUCAACGUCAUCGACGGGGACACGGAGAGUUGGCAGAACCUGUGGCCCAAAGUUGCUAAACGAUACGGCGCGAAGAUCCCAGCCAACAUGUUUCCCGGUAGUGGCGAAAGAGGUGUCGAUGGCGCGUACGAUGGCUACGAGGCGAGUCAUACGGAGUUACCCACGCCCAUGCCUGUGAGUGCUGUUGCCGAGGCGAUUGGUCUCAAGGACGAGUUUAGCGAGGACAAGCAUAGCGUCAUCCAUCAGCAGAUCGAUACGACCAAGUGGGCGCAGCGGCCUGAGGUGGUGAAAGCGUGGGAAAAUCUGAGGGACCAGCAUGGUCUGGACCAACAGACUUGGGAUAAAGCCACCUGGGGGUUUCUGACAUUCUUGCUCGGUCGGGAUUACUCGUGUGUCGUGAGUAUGGGCAAGGCAAGAAAACUGGGCUGGACGGGGUAUAAAGAUACCUGGGACGCAUUCGAUGAGACGUUUGCGGAGUUGGAGAAGGAGGGAAUAUUGCCAAAGGCGAGUGAGUUGCGACAUUGA